CAACUCCGCGCCGGCCCCGCCCUUCGCCUGCCUGAGGGGAGCCUGUCAGGGCCGGCGCGGAUCGCUCCGGCCGCCCGCCGCCCGCCCGCCUUGCCUGCCUUCCGCCCGAGCGGGACGGGGCCAGCGCCGCCAUGGGCACCCGCGACGACGAGUACGACUAUCUCUUCAAAGUGGUGCUGAUUGGAGACUCCGGCGUGGGGAAGAGUAACCUCUUAUCCCGUUUCACACGGAACGAAUUCAACCUGGAGAGCAAAAGCACCAUCGGGGUGGAGUUUGCCACCAGAAGCAUCCAGGUAGACGGGAAGACGAUAAAGGCCCAGAUCUGGGACACGGCAGGCCAGGAGCGCUAUCGCGCCAUCACCUCUGCCUACUACCGCGGUGCUGUGGGGGCCCUUCUGGUGUAUGACAUUGCCAAGCACCUGACCUACGAGAACGUUGAGCGCUGGCUGAAGGAGCUGCGGGACCACGCAGACAACAAUAUUGUCAUCAUGCUGGUGGGGAACAAGAGCGAUUUGCGUCACCUGAGAGCCGUGCCGACGGAUGAAGCCCGCGCUUUCGCAGAAAAGAACAACCUCUCCUUCAUUGAAACUUCGGCACUUGACUCAACAAACGUCGAAGAAGCCUUCAAGAACAUCCUGACAGAGAUUUAUCGCAUUGUGUCCCAGAAGCAGAUUGCAGACCGGUCUGCCCACGACGAGUCUCCAGGGAACAACGUGGUGGACAUCAGCGUGCCUCCCACCACCGACGGACAGAAAUCCAGUAAACUCCAGUGCUGCCAGAACCUGUGACCUCCUUCGGCCGUUGCUGCCCGUCCUCCUCCUCCUCUUCCUCCUCCUCGCUCUGCCCUUCAGCCGGAGACACACGUGCGCACUUCCUGGGCCCCGCCCUCUUUCCUCCCUUCCGUUUUAGGGCGUCCUCAAAGGGCUGACCUGCCCUUCCCUGAGACUGGGGGUGAAUGUAAUGCUGGGGGAGAGGGGAGGGGGGGUCUUCGAAAUGCCACAUCGAGCCUGGCAACGUUUUCUCGUGUGUGCGGGCGUGCUCACGCGUGCCUCACGUAGAAGAACGGAAAGGAUGCGUGCUUAAGGGAGCGUUGUGCGGGCUUUAUUUUAUUUUAUUUUAUUUUGGGGGGAGGGGGGGAGAUUGCCAUUCAGACUGCUUUGCAGGGACGAAAGAACUCUCAAGCCAAGGAAACCACUUUGCGGGCGGCCUUGUGUCUCGUUGGCGUGUGCAAACCCCUGCACACUCACACCUGGAAACGCAUUGCUGGCGCUGCCACCCGGUCACUUUCCCCCUCUCUCUUUGGCCCUCUUUCCGGUCUCGUGCAAGUGGGUUUGGGGGGGGGGUGUAGCUUUCCUCAUUUUCUCUCUCCUCUCCCCCCCUGCUUCCACUUUGGGACAGUGAAGUGUGUCUGUGCGUGCUGAUCUGGGCCUUCACGCCAGCCGCCACCAGAGCCUUGCGCGCCCCCCCCCUGAGAACUGGCUCCGAUUGGUCACUCUGGCAUGACACUAAGCAAUUUAAUACAGGAAGGGCCAGCUGACCCAGGCUUCCUUGGGUCCCUUUUCGCCGUAGGAAUGCUUCCUCCUGUGUCUCUGAGAUUCCAUCCCUGCAUGUCGCUUUCGUCUCCUCCAGCUAGUCCCUACCUCUCUCCCCCUCGCCGUCGGAUUGAGUGUGUGAAGCAAUAUUUUUCAUGCCCUGUACAUCACUUGCACUGGCCAAGGUGGUUCGGAGGAAUCGUGGUAGAGAAGCAAAUACUUGAUAGCUCCCUUCUUUUUUUAAUGAUAGUUGAGCAUCUUAGAUUUUGGUAUUAGCGUCCUUUGCUGCUUAUUUCUUAUCACCCUAAUAUUCUCUCUCUCUCUCUCUCUCUCUCUCUCUCUCUCUCUCUCUCUCUCUCUCUCUCUCUCUCUCUCUCUCUCU